AUGGCUAUACAAAGAAAUAUUCUUCUUCUCAUUAUUCUUUUGGUUUUAUCAAUUUCAACUUCUAGAAGCAAUUUCCAUAAUGAUUUAUACACACAAUUAGUUCAUAAAAAAAUUCUUGAACAAAAAUAUGGUCAUGAUUUUCAAGCUUACCCUUCUUAUUUAAGCCCAAAUAUUGAAAGCAACAGUAUUCAAGAUCAAAUAAUUCAUGAUUUCAACAAUAUUGAUGAAAAUGGGGUUAAAUUGAUUGAUGUAAGUAGCUUUGGAGCUAAGGGUGAUGGUAAUAGUAUAGAUGAUACUAUGGCAUUUGAGAAAGCAUGGAAUGAAGCAUGUUCAUCUAACACGCCUGUUCAAUUUGUGGUUCCUUACAACAAGAAUUAUCUUCUCAAAUAUACCAUUUUUCAAGGUCCAUGCAAAUCUUCCAUUUCAAUGCAGAUUUUUGGAUCCUUAGAAGCAUCUGAUAAAAUUUCUGACUACAACAACGAUAGACGCCAUUGGAUUCUUUUUAAUAAUGUUCAAAAUUUAGUUGUUGGAGGAGGAGGAAUUAUCAAUGGCAAUGGGAAUAUAUGGUGGCAAAAUUCUUGCAAAAUUAAUAAAUCACUGCCAUGCAAGAUUGCACCAACGGCCUUAACCUUCUACAAUUGCAAUAAUUUGAAUGUGAAGAAUCUAAAGAUUAAAGAUGCACAACAAAUUCAUGUCUCAUUUGAGAAAUGCACUAUUGUUGAAGCUUCAAAUUUGAUAAUCACUGCUUCAAAAAAUAGCCCAAAUACAGAUGGAAUCCAUGUAGCUGAUACUUAUAAUAUCCAAAUAUCUAAUUCUACUAUUGGAACAGGUGAUGAUUGUAUUUCAAUUGCUAGUGGAUCCCAAAAGGUGCAGGCCACAAAUAUUACUUGUGGUCCAGGUCAUGGUAUAAGUAUUGGAAGCUUAGGAUCUGGAAAUUCAGAAGCUCAUGUGUCUAAUGUCACUGUAUAUGGAGCCAAAUUUUAUGGUACCACAAAUGGACUUAGGAUCAAGACUUGGCAGGGAGGAUAUGGAGAAGCUAGCAACAUCAAAUUUCAAAAUGUGGAAAUGCAAGAAGUUGAGAAUCCCAUAAUCAUAGACCAAAACUAUUGUGAUCAAGAUGAUCCAUGUGAAGAACAGUAUUCAACAGUUCAAGUGAAAAAUGUGUUGUAUGAGAACAUCAAAGGCUCAAGUGCAACAAAUAUGGCCAUAAAAUUUGAUUGCAGCAAGAACUUUCCAUGUGAAGGAAUUAUAAUGAAGAAUAUAAAUUUAGUAGGGGGAAAGGGAACUUCAAAGUCUAUUUGCAAAAAUAUUCAAUUUGACAAUGUUGAAGAUGUCUCACCCAAUCCCUUAACAGGAUGA